CACUGCAUUCAUGUGUUUAUGUUUUCUGCAUGAAUAGUUUCACAUAUUUUACAGUGUCAUGUGUCUCUAGUAGGAACAAGCUUCAGUCACACAACUUACAUCACAUCCAACUGAAAAGUGUUAUUCAAGCUCUGCAGGUUUCCUGUUCCCCUUCGUUUAAAAACAGUUUCAGGCUAAUAUCAGUGUAAUCAGGCCUUCUCACCACAACAUGUCUGGUUGCAGAGUAGCUGAGAAGAGUCUCAGUGAGCUUUCUGUUUCAUUGCGAGUCGAGCUAAUGAGCGUCUCUGCGGUCCGGUGGGCAGUUGCACCUUCUACAUUAAUAUAAAUAUGAAAACAAUGAUCACAGUGUUUAAAGCUGCCCUCGAGCCGCCACGCUCGCACGGCAGCGCUGGACAAAACAACACACACAAUGGACGGACACCUGCUUCCUCAGAGGACAAUCGAUGGGGCUGCUGAAUGCAGAUGCAGAUUUUCAUCACCCCUCGCCUUAACAAAUAAGCUUGACACAGCUUUAAUCCACAUUGCGUGCCUCUGGAGGCCUUUUCCUGUUUUGUUGGGCUCAGGUGAGCCCAGCUUUCCAGUCACAGCUUCCUGACACCAUCGACAUCCUGGAGGUGAAGGACGGAGGAGACGUUCCUCCUCAUUAACCUCAGAACGAUCCAGUAGAUGACCACAGGUGUCACAUGGGAGCCGGACUAAGCAAAACCCAGAAAUCAAAUCAUCACCAUCUUUAGUAUUAGUUUGAGUCGAGUGAGGAUUAAAUGGGAAGUCGUGCUUUUGUCAGAUUCAUUUCCACCCCGACUCUGACUCAUAUGAAAACGUGGUGCCGCCGGCAGCUGAUUUUAAGAAUGAAAAAGUAGAAGUUGCGGCUGCUGUUUUUCCACCAGCUCGUCUCCGCCGUGCUCAGGCAGUCUGUGACUCAGAGGCUUGGGUAAGAAGAUCAGAUCCGCCUGUCCUGACAUCUGCCGUGUUUUCUGUUUGCGAAUCUCUCGUUCUUGAUUGUGUUUGAUUGUUUCCGGACAGGAACGACGAUGAUAAUAAAGCGGUGGCCCACUUCGGUAACAGGAAGUUUGGUUUUCACCGAAGGGACGCGUUGGUUCACCAGAACACAAUAGGAGGGUGUGAUUCUUUAUUUCGGGCCUUCCUGUUGGUUUAUCUUCUGUCGUGCUCGUCUGCAGAAGAUGAUCCAGACCAUGGAGCAGAGUUCUUGCACCGAGGAUCGAAUCCAGCACGUCCUGGAGCGCUGCCUGUGCGACCUGGGCCUCGACACGCCUGACAAGCAGCUCUGGAACGCUGGCCUGUGCAUAAAUCGCUGGUGUUUGGAGGAACUUGUGAAGAGGGAUGCCCACAACUUCCUCAUCCUUCUGCAGAAAAUACUGAGGAAAACAAAGGAGGUGUUGGAACAGUGUCGCUACGAGCUGGUGGUGCCUCUCACGCUCUUGUUCUCGUCAACGCUGCUUAAAGCUCCCUACGUGCCUGCAGACUGUGGCGUGCUGCAGGAGGCCUACCUGCUCUUCCAUAGCUUCCUGGCCUGGCCCGAGCCCUGCAGCUCUGCCUGCAAACGUCUGCUGAACGUCAUCCAGCAGGAGCUCCGAGCACCAGGUAUUUCAUUUCAGCGACUGGUGAGGACGGAGCAGAGCAUCUCCCCAGAGGUCCACUGCUCUAAAACCAUAACGGUGCUGCUGGUGAGCCCGGAUGACGACGUUCCUCCGGAGGUCCACUCUGUCUCUGAGCAGCUGACUUCCACCCAGCAGUCCAGCAGAGACAUCACCAUCUCUCUGAUCCUGCACAGCUUUCAGGCCGCUCUGGGCACCGACCACGACCUGCAGGCGCUCCACGCCGCCCUGCAGGGGAAGCAGCCCGAGGAGCUGGAGCAGCUCCUGGAGGCGGUGACCGACAGCAUGGAGACAGCCACAUCCACGGCAGACCUCAGGACAGCCAGACAGGUUCUGACCCACAGCAUGAGGAGGCUCAGGGAAGGCCUCGCUGUUCCUGCUGAUGGGGGUCCAAACUCUGGGGCUGUUGAGACGUUCAUGCUGCCCUUCCCCAAGUGUCACACAUGCUCGUGGGAAAACGAUAAUUUUGACAUCCUGAAGGACGUCCUCGCCUCCGACUCCGACUUGGAUUCCCCUCCGGACUGCUUCCUCAACGCGGACAUGGACGAGGACGACAACAACGACACCAGCGUGGACGAGGAGGACGAGUUAGACGGAGACCAAGUGGAUCACGAGUUUCAGAGCCAUCGCAUCUCCACCGCGUCCUCGUCGUCUCGGGACUCCAUGUUCUCGGGCUACUCGCUCUCCUCCAGCUGGUCGGUGCCGUCCGGCUCGUCCGGCGUGGAGAGCGACUUCAGCGAGGACACGGCGCACGAGGACACCGAGGAAGGACAGGACAGCCAACCCAAGCCCAGGAAGAAGCCCAAGAAGAAGUCCAGAUCCCUCCUGGGCAUAGAGCGCUUCUCCAUGCUCUUCAAGAACCCCCGCAGUCCAAACAUCUGCCGCCGCGCCCAGAGCAUGGGCUUCCACGGAGACACCACCAGAGACUUCCAGCGAGCCGGACUACAGCUCAAGCACUCCCGCUCUCUGUCCAGACAGGCCCGUCCUCCUCACGUGCCCACCGCUCUGCUGGACCCUCUUUCCCCCCAGAAGCACGUGUGCAUGCGCCGGAGGCCGAUCCUGAGCUGCGAUGAGGGCAGCGUGGCAGAAGCUCCCACCCUGAUCAAAGUGGUGGUGUUUGGAGGCGACCGGGAGGCCGGCCGGCUGGCCAGAGCGUACAGCGACCUGCAGCAGAAGGAGAGCAAAAGCCCCCGACUCACCAAGAUGUGCAAGCUGCAGUUUUACUUUGUUCCCACCAAAAGGAGAAGUGGAAGCCCGGGAGGAGGACUAGGACCAGCUGAAGGCCAGAACGGAGGUUUAACCAAAACCACAGCCUCUGGGGAGUCAAACGGCGUCGUCAUGGAGGACAGUACGACAGAUGUGGCCCAGAUGUUGGGCCUGAUGGAUCCCUGGUACGAGCGCAACGUCCUCAGUCUGCUCAGCCUGUCGUCUGACGUCCUCUGUCAGGCUGCCUCUAAGGACGAAGACGUGUCCGCCAGCAGCAGCAGCAGCAGCAGCACGGAGCGUCUUCCCCUGCUGGCCGACCUGGUGCUUUAUUACUGCAGACACGCCGACCAGCCGGUUCUGGUGCAGCUCUACCAGGCCGAGCUGACCCUGGCCGGUGGAGAGAGGAGACGGGAAGUGUUCAUUCACUCCCUGGAGCUCGGACACUCUGCUGGAACCAGAGCUGUGAAGGCCAUGGGAGCCGCCAGCAAAAGGUUUGGAAUCGACGAGGAGCGGGAGGCUGUUCCUGUAACGCUAAGCGUCGCCUACAACAAGGUGGCUGUCAGUGGGAGGAGUCAGUGGAUCCAGACCGAAAUAGUCUGCACAUCCAUCAACCUCUACAAGUCCUGCAGGAAGCCAGAGCAGCUAGAUUCAACAGAGAGCCUCCAGCUGACGAUGGCAGAAGUCCUGAAGAGGCAGUGCUCCAAGUCUAAGAAGAGCUUCAACCAGCACAUCUCGGUGUCAGAGGUGAAGGUGGACAAGGUGCAGGUGAGCCGGAGCGACGACGGCACCACGUUCGCCGUGUGUCUGGACCAGGACGAGAAGAAGUUCAUCCAGAGUGUCACCAGGUGCGACGUGUCCCUGUGCUGUAAACCAGGAAGCAGCUCGGACUGGAGGUCCUACAAGCCGUUACCGGGCCAAGUCCAGCCUCUGCACCCGUCCUACUGCUCCCUGCUGUGCCUCCCCAUCACCUCCUUCUCUGCCUCGCAUCCGUGACACGCUGGAUGCUGCAAAUGAACAAACCGCAUCAGGAGGCGAUGAAGAUAAUGACAGUGAAAGCAAAAUGUGUCUUGUUAUUGACGUCACGGUGCGUUAGAUUGUAAUGAAGACACAGCCACACCGGUUUACAUGAUUGUUUUGCUGAAGCGAAGAAAGAUCUCUGUGUAUGAAGUGAUUUUCUUAUUGGAGGAUUUCACGGCGUCUCAAGGCCUCAGCGACGCUCCGAGAGACGCCACUUGUCGAAUAUAUCUGCUGUCAGUAGCGUGAAACUGACACCCGGAGCACUAUUUCUGAUCCAGACUAAAGAGGAAUGAGUAAUGAAAUAAGCUAUUUAUUUUGAUGUGAUUGCAGUGAAAACACGUUUUAAUGCAUUUUGUUUGUAUUUGUCGCACAGCUGGAUUAAAAUCGUUCUUCAGCCGCG